AUGGCUGCCGUAUACAAGUCUCUCUCCAAGAGCAGUGCUCAGAAGCAGAAUGCUCCUUCCUCCGGCACUAGAAAGAACAAGCAACGAGUGCUGAUCCUGUCGUCCCGUGGCGUCACAUACAGACAUCGCCACUUACUAAAUGAUAUUGCCUCCAUGCUUCCACACGGCCGAAAGGAUGCCAAAUUCGACUCCAAAUCGCGCCUGAACGAGCUCAACGAGCUUGCGGAGUUAUAUAACUGCAACAAUGUCCUCUUCUUCGAGGCUCGCAAGGGACAGGAUCUGUACGUCUGGCUGAGCAAGGUACCCAAUGGACCUACCAUCAAGUUUCAUCUCCAAAAUUUGCACACCAUGGAGGAGUUACAUUUUACGGGUAACUGCUUGAAGGGGUCACGGCCUCUCCUCUCGUUCGAUGCCGCCUUCGAUUCCGAACCGCACUUAAAAGUCAUCAAGGAACUUUUUUUCCAUACAUUUGGCGUCCCUGAGGGUGCCAGAAAGUCCAAGCCUUUCAUUGACCACGUACUGGGGUUCAGUGUUGUCGACGGAAAGAUCUGGAUCCGCAACUACCAAGUCAGCGAGACCGAAGGAUCUCUCCUCGAUGCUGACGGCGAGAGCAGGGAUGUCAAAAAGAAGAGCAAAAAGGCCGCUGCGACAAAUAGCAACCUUGAUAUCAACCUCGUCGAAAUCGGGCCUCGAUUCGUCCUCACCCCAAUCGUCAUCCAAGAGGGCUCCUUUGGUGGACCAAUCAUCUACGAGAACAAGCAAUUUGUCUCGCCAAACCAGGUCCGCGCCGAUCUGCGUAGGUCCAAGGCCAGUCGCCACAACGCCAGAGCUGAGCAGACGGUUGGUAGAUUGUCGCGAAAGGCGGAUCUUGGUCUACGCACAAAUGGAAGCAUACAGAAAAUACCCGGUGACGAGUUAGAUAAGAGAAAGCUUUUUGCGUAA